UCUCACGUGUUACAGUACCUGUCUUAUCACACGUUCACACACACAAAAAAAAAUCUCAUGCAGGCGCAGCCCUUAAUCGGAACAACCUCCCCAAACUGUCCUUCGCCUCCCCUCUUCAGACUUUCUCGGCUCUAACAGCGGCGAGACCCGGGGGCCCUCAGUCCCGCUCCCCGGACCUGGGGCAGGGCUGUUCCGCGGGGAAAGCGACCGUCCCUCCGGCUCCCGGAGUUCCUGUGUCCGCGGGAGGGGCCGGCGCGCUACUUUAUGAAUGGAUGGGGUGUGGCCGCGCCCGGUGAGUGACGGGGCACGGGGGUGUCGUCACGGGGCGCUUGUUGAUGGGCGGUGCUCUCUUUACUAGGCGGCUGGAUGCGCUGCUGGGCUCCGCAGCCUGGUAUGACCAGAGAAGAGGAGAGCGAGCACUCGGCACCACGGAGCGCACGGGGCUGGACUCCUUGUGACAGGCAAACCGGCGCACUCCGCACUCACGGCUUGAGAAGACGGCGCGGUGAAAAGCGUGAAGUACACGCCUCGCAGGAAGGGCUGGAUGAAACAAAAGGACUCUCCUGAUAUCCCCCCCACCACCAUCGCCACCCCGUGUUUCCUAGAAUUCCGCUGCUGACAGAGAAGGUAGUUCAGUUUUCCGCGCAGCAGCGCUUGAUCAUGCGGUAGACCCGGGUGGCGAGAAGUGUUUCUCGGCGAAACACUUUAGGAAAAAAAAAACCCACAGAUUUAUGUAAUAGUAUUGCGACAGCUGCGCGGAUACGAGGAUACUUGAGCCGCAAGUGAACAGUUUCUAUAGCACUUCACAUGUGACCGGUGCACAGACGGGCCGAGGGAAAAGCUUGAGAACGGACAUCAGCAGCUCGUACUGCGUGGAAACAACAACAACAAAAAAACACCACACACACAAAAGAAAUCGGGACUCGAGAUCUGUUGACUUGGCUUUUACGGAGUGGAGGAAGGCACCGGCAGUCUCCUGCUGCCUCUCAAAAGCUCUUUUUUUGUAUUUCGGUUGUUUUCAACCAGAGGCGUGACAGCACACGAAAGCAGGGCGAGCCAUCUCGCAUCAGCACCACCGAUUCCCCCCUCCACCCACCCACCCAGGUCACACAGGAGCAAGCGCCCGGCACAGCCCUGCGGGCAGGAGGAUGUGAGUCCUGGCUCGCCCCGCCGCCACAGCUUGAGCCCGAACCGGGGCGUCCCGAACUCGGGGGCUCACUGUGGGUCAGGUUCGUGCCUCCCGAACCGGGGUCAGGACUACAAGUCCCCCCCCCCCUCCUACUACGCUGAUCCCGCUCCCAGAUCCUCUGGUCCUGGGCAGAACAAGAAGUCACGCCGGACCGGGAGAAUCCGGAGGAGCGGACCGCCGGGAAGAUUAGUGCGUGAAUGAUCCUCGAAGGGCCCUCUCCAUGGAUAUAGACACAGACUAUGAGCGGCCCAACGUUGAGACCAUUAAGUGUGUGGUGGUAGGGGACAACGCGGUGGGCAAGACGCGGCUCAUCUGUGCCCGUGCCUGCAACGCCACACUCACACAGUACCAGCUCCUCGCCACACACGUGCCUACUGUAUGGGCCAUUGACCAGUACCGUGUGUGCCAGGAGGUCCUCGAGCGCUCUCGUGAUGUUGUGGAUGAAGUCAGCGUGUCCCUGCGGCUGUGGGACACCUUUGGGGACCAUCACAAAGAUCGGCGCUUCGCUUAUGGCAGGUCUGACGUGGUGGUGUUGUGUUUCUCUCUGGCCAACCCGAACUCCUUGCGCCACGUGAGGACCAUGUGGUUCCCCGAGAUCAAGCACUUCUGUCCACGGACUCCCAUCAUCCUCGUAGGCUGCCAGCUGGACCUGCGAUACGCCGACCUGGAGGCUGUGAACCGAGCCCGCCGCCCUCUCGCCAAGCCCAUCAAGCCCACGGACAUCCUGCCUCCGGAGCGGGGACACGAGGUGGCGAAGGAGCUGGGCGUGCCCUACUACGAGACCAGCGUGGUGGCGCAGUUUGGCGUGAAGGACGUCUUUGACAACGCCAUCCGCGCGGCCCUCAUCUCGCGGCGCCACCUGCAGUUCUGGAAGUCCCACCUGAAGAAGGUCCAGCGGCCCCUGCUGCAGGCUCCCUUCCUGCCCCCCCGGCCGCCCCGGCCCGUGGUGGGCGUCCCCGACCCCCCGCCCAGCGCCGGCGAGGGCCCCGCCUUCCUGUUCGCCCUGCCCCUCUGCGCCGACGUGCUGUUCCUCCUGCAGGGCGGCGCCACGCGCGUCUUUGCGCACAAGGUCUACCUGGCCACGUCCUGCUCCAAGUUCUACGACCUCUUCACCCUGGACCUCGGGGGCGGCGCGGGGGAGGACCGGGGAUGGGAGGGGGAGGAGGAAGGGGAGUGGGACGACGAGGCGGAGCAGACCCGCCGGGGGGCCAAAGAGCAGGCCGGGCGCACGAAGAGCCUGGACAUAGACAAAGACAGCGAGGGCCGCGGGUCCCGCAGAACCAGGCAGCCCCUGCUGCUUCAGCAGGGCUCCCUGAAGGCCUCCCAGAGCGACUACGCCCUCCCGGCCAGGGUACAGAGCUCGGGGGGCCUGGAGGGAGCGAGCCGUGUGCUCUCCGGCUGGGGGCGCGGCUUCCAGAGCAUGCGCCAGGAGCUGGUCGAGGACCCCGUGACGGGCAGGCCUAGACUCAUGACGGUGGUGUCCAUGGAUGGCCUGAUUCAGAAGAGACCCUUCCAGGCAGUGCUGCAGUACCUGUACACGGGCAGUCUGGACGAGACGCGGGGCGAUCUCAUGCAGGUGGCCACCAUCGCGGAGCUGCUGGAGGUGUUCGACCUGCGCAUGAUGGUGGCCAAUGUGCUGAACCGCGAGAGCUUCAUGAACCAGGAGAUCACCAAGGCCUUCCACGUGCGCCGCGCCAACCGCAUCAAAGAGUGCCUCAGCAAGGGCACCUUCGCUGAUGUGGUGUUCCGACUGGACGACGGCUGCCUGCCUGCCCACAAGCCCCUGCUGAUCUCCAGCUGUGAUUGGAUGGCGGCCAUGUUCCGCGGGUCCUUCAAGGAGAGCUACGUUCAGGAGAGCUUAGGUUGGAUUCAAAGCCAGGUGAUGCCACAGCCCUUGAAGUGUGGAGAUCAGCACCUCCUCUGCAGACCAAAAGCCCAGAAAGCACUCUUCACACGGACAUGAGGUUGGGGUCAGGAUUCUCAACGCUGCAAGAGGCAUGAAUGUACUAGCCUGUGCAGGCCGAUUUUCUGGGAUGUUUCCGGGAAAUGCAGUUGGGAAAGUUUUUCCAGGUCAGUAAGCUUGCAAACAGCCAGAUGAGCCGUUUGGAGCGCCUGGUCUCAGAGCCAGCUUGUCCCCAGCCUUCUGCACGGCAGCCCUGGUGCGUUUCUGUGCAGCUCAGCUGCCAGGCG